UGUUAUUUUAAGCGACCACAUGACGAAAACAUUGAGGAUGUGGAUGUCAACGGGAUUAUGAUACUCACCGUAAAAGACCCGAUGUGAAGGACUUGCCUACUCUUCUCUUUCAAGUUCUUCAAGAUGAUUGAGUCCUGCACGAAAAAACGAAUGGUUAUAGCCAUCGCCUGCCUUAUUAGUUUGUCAGUGCUUGUUUUGAUUAUUGAGAAUGAGCUUGCUCCUAAUGACACGCGUCCCCACACCCACACCACUGCUCACCCCAAUAUGACGCAGCGAGAUAUGUGUUACCUGCAUGAAGAGUUUAGUGAGCUUGAGGAGUGUCAGCCAUGUUCAGACCUUGAAACAAAAAGUGGAAGUCCAUCGGUGUGUGGGUCAGCAAGCUAUCGGCAAAAAAUAAAAUGCAAAAAGACUGGAGAGGUUUUCAGAAAAUGUGACCGUGUGGUGUGGUUGGAAGAACGGCACUUUUGGAUCUUUGAGACAGUCAUGGGGGUCGUUGGAUUAGUGUCUGGUUUGGCAACAGUGUUUAGACAAAAGGUGUUAGACCAUCGCAUUUUGCAAAGAAUACAACGACAGGUGGCAGCUGGAGUCUAAGGGUUUUUAUAAAUUAAUUAAUUAUUUUAUUUAUUUUAUUUAUUUAUUUUUUGUAUUUAUAUAUUUUAAGAAAUUUCCCUUACUUUCCAGUGCAUUUGUUUGUGGAAUCUGGCAUUUGUAUUAAGAUAACAAGUAUUUUGUUAAUCAGACAGUUCUUAUUGAUUAUUAUUAGUGUUCUAAUCAUUAUAGUUAUUAUUUCUAUUAAUGUUUAUUUCCCUUGCAGUGUUUAAUAUCCUUAAGUUUGACUAUUGACUUUUUAUCAUCUAUGGAAGAUUUUAUUUUAUUAUGGAAAUGUAACUAAAGAAUAUGGUUAAACUUCUUCCAAUACAGAAUAUUUGCUUAUAUGUUUGUUACAAUCACUGUAAACUUGUUUGUAUUGUUCAAAAGGUGCAUAUGCUAAAGAUAUUUUUAUUUAUGAGAAAAUGUGUGGAGAUGAGUUUGUAAAGAUGUGGGUUAAAGAAAAGCUUUUAUUUUUGUUAUACAAAUGUGAGGUUGUGAAAGACAGUUUGGCAGUUGAUCUUAGAUAUAUAAGAAAUCAUUUGAUACUAUAAAAUCUCUUGUAGUGAAAAGAGUGGGAUGUAGUAGAAUGGGCCACAGAUAUAAUACAGAAAUGUAAUUUUUCUAAGAUACAGAAAUAUUGACUUUUUUCCCUAGAAAUAAAAGGAUAUAUAUAGAAUAGAGUUCAUAAUUUCUGAUUCACAGGAACGUCACUAAAGAAUUCUUUAUUGGGGUUAAGUCUUAACGAAAGGGAUUUGAAUGCACUCCCCAUAAAUAAUUUUUGUCACCAACCAGUGAAAAAUCUAUAAAAAUUUGUCAGUUAAAGUUGGCCGAAAGUAUACUUGUGUAACCAUCUCUACCUUUUUCUUACACACUUGAUUGAUAUGUUGUAUUAAAUGUAGAUGUUUUGAUAAAGACUGAGAUUGAGGAUUGGAUGUGAUUUAUUGAAGGAAUAAAAUUAAAAGGGAAUGGUAGAUAUAUUAAGGAAAUAAAAAAGUUAUUUCACAUCACUAGUCACUAAAACAUUUCCUAUAGUCUAAAAAUUGAAGGUGUUUCAUAUUCAUUUUCACAUUCCUUUGGGAAAAACAAAACAAAACAAAACAGUGUGAGGUGAUUGGUAAUGAGAUACAUUUAUAAUUCAUUAAAUAUAGUUCCUGUAGUUCCCAAAAUUUAUUUUUGCAAAGGAUCUAUCACAGAAUUUCAUGGAUGUUUUAAGUUUGCCAUUUUCUUGAAUGUUAUGAAAGUGAUUUUUGUUAGAUUAAUUGAUUUCAGAAGAAUCCAUAUAUUUUGAUUGGUCAUCAAAGCAAGAAUUCAAGUAAAUAUUUUUGAAAAAUAGCUUGCAAGGAAUAUUGGUAAGAAUUGUCUUAUCAUUAUUCAGAUGAUCAGUCAAGAAUAGUAAAUCUAGAUUCAGGAUGUUUGCAAGUAUUCACACAAGAGAUUUACACCAUAUAUCACUUUGGGUGAUGAUCUUUUCAAUGAUAUUUAAAUACAUCAUAUACAUAUGCUUUGUUAAAACAUAUCAGAUUUUAACAAAAAUAAAUCUUCCACUCACAAAGACUUCCAUUGUUCUUGAAAGUACCAAAGAUUUGUUCUGGUAUGGGGUUUCCCCCCUCUCUGUAUUCCGGUAUUUAUUGUGUUAAUGGCUAAGACUAGUAGUAGGAUUAUGAGGAAAAAAGGAUAACCUAGAGGAAAAUAUGUUUGAUCAUGUUAAUAUAUUGGAGAUUGUCAAAGUAAUUUAAACAGGAAUUUAUACACUAAUAAUAAAGUGCCAAUACUUUGUAUUCUUUUCUUUUUAGACUGAUUAACACGUUUCAGGUGUGUUGGUUUUGUCUUGAUAUACCUUUGUUUUUUUUACCUUAUAAGGAGGAAUUUAGUCACCCGGAAAUUUCUGUUUUUUGUAAGGUAAAAUAUAUUUAUCCCUUUUUUGUUUGGUUUUACUUAUUGCUACACACAUGUUUAAAAAUAGUAAAUAUAUUGUUGAAGAAAAAU